GAAAAUUAUAAGAUAUACAUAUAUUCAUAUAAGACAUUAACAUUCUAAGAAUGAGCCUCAGCACGGCAUUAGUGAAAACCGUUAAAGGUACCUUGAGUUCCAAUCCAAAGAUGUUUCUAGAACCACCAUAUAUUAUAAAUUCGCCUCUUAAGAAUAUUGAACAAGGAAGACAACCGUACCAUCAUAUGAUAGAGCAAAUAUUGCAGAAGGUAGCGGAGUUGGAGAAUACACUUUACGAGGAUCAGCAGCAAGAACUCAAGCUUCGUGUAGCUUUAGAACAGCAUAGAGAUCACAUAGCCGAGCUCAAGUUUAACCUGGACACAGAGAAACAUCGCAACGCGAGGUUGGUGCAGCUCCUAGGUGAUCUAAGUAUUCCCUCUUCGGAUGAUAGUGAGAUAGAACCGCGUGUGCCCUCAACAACAGAUAUUUAUAGAUCAAUAAGUCCACUGUUAAUGCAGCAACGCUAUGAUGAGCUGGCCGCCUCACAUAAUCAAAGCCGAAGACAAUUAGCCAAAAAGGGCAAGGCUCUUCAGAAGCUAAAGUGCCAGCUAGAGCAGCUGCAAAUCAAGUAUGAUCACCUUUUUUCCGAAUACCGCAACGAGCAAAAACGUUUCGAGAAAUUGUGCGCUCGAUAUUUGCACACACAAAUUAAGAAGAAGCAGGAAGUUUACAAUCUUAAGGAUGCUCUAGGGUACGCCAGCGAGUGCAUUUUCCAUGCGCAGGCUGCAUUGGAUGGUUGUGGUCGCAGCAUUGGCGGUGCCCACCUUAAGAAGUUUUGUCAAAAUUUUGAUUGUUUUAUGGGUGCUUUGCGAAACUGUUGUUGCGUUCGCAAGUUACAAGAACUGCAGAAGCUAGAGCAGAAUAAUAAAAAAGAAAGGCAACCUGAAUACAGGGCUUAGACAUUUUUAAUGAUA